AUGGCGCAGACAGACGUGCUCCUGACCAAGCAGCCCGCCCCGCAGACGGUGCCGGCAUGCGAGCUGCCCCCCAAGCUGUACGACGUCGCCCGCAACACAGGCGCCUACACGUCCUCGGGCCUGGCCACCGCCGGCUUCCGCACGGCCAAGUACGUGCUGGACGAGUGGUUCCAGAACUGCUACGCGCGCUACCACCAGGCCUUCGCCGACCGCGACCAGUCGGAGCGGCAGCGCCAUGAGAGCCAGCAGCUGGCGGCUGAGACGGAGGCGCUGGCGCAGCGCACGCAGGAGGACUCCACCAGGAAGGUGGGUGAGCGCCUGCAGGACGCGCACUGCUGGAAGUCGGAGCUGCAGCGCGAGGUGCACGAGCUGGUUGCCGAGACGGACCUGCUGCUAGCCCAGAAGCAGCGGCUGGAGCAUGCACUGGACGCCACGGCGGUGCCCUUCACCAUUGCCACCGACAACCUGCAGUGUCGCGAGCAGCGCCAGCACCCCGACCUUGUGCGCGACCACGUGGAGAUGGAGCUGCUGAAGGAGGCCGAGCUCAUCCGGAACAUUCAGGAGCUCCUGAAAAGGACCAUCAUGCAGACCGUGAACCAGAUCCGGCUGAACCGGGAGCAGAAGGAGACGUGCGAGAUGGACUGGUCUGACAAGGUGGAGGCCUACAACAUCGACCAGACCUGCGCGCGCUACCACAGCCAGAGCACCGAGGUGCAGUUCCACCCGCACUCUGCCAAAUUCGAAGAGAGCGCCUCCACGCCCGAGACGUGGGCCAAGUUCACCCAGGAAAACCUGUGCCGCGCCGAGCGCGAGCGCCUGGCCUCGGUCAACCUGCGGGGGCUCAUAGACUGCAUCCUGCGGGACACGUCCGAGGACCUGCGGCUGCAGUGCGACGCCGUGAACCUGGCCUUCGGGCGCCGCUGCGAGGAGCUGGAGGACGCGCGCCAUAAGCUGGAGCACCACCUGCGCAAGACGCUGCGGGAGAUCCCGGACCAGGAGCACAAUGUCGCAGCACUGAAGCAGGCCAUCAAGGGCAAGGAGGCGCCCCUGAAGGUGGCCCAGACCCGCCUCUACCAGCGCUCCCUCCGGCCCAACGUGGAGCUGUGCCGCGAUACCGCCCAGUUCAGGCUGGUGAGCGAGGUGGAACAGCUGAAUGCGUCCCUCGUGGCGCUGCGGGAGAAGCUUCUGGAAGCUGAGCAGUCACUACGCAACCUGGAGGACACGCGCAUGAGCCUGGAGAAGGACAUCGCCGUCAAGACCAACAGCCUCUUCAUCGACCGCCAGAAGUGCAUGGCCCACCGCGCCCGCUACCCCGCUGUCCUCCAGCUGGCCGGCUACCAGUGA